GCCUUCUCGCGUUGCCAAAUAAGGCGCAUAGUACCGCUGUGUGUCACUACUGUAGCUCGUACGGAUCCCGUUCAUCCCGCACCGUGAGUCAAGCGUGCUCGGCUGCGACAUGACCACAGCUCCGCAGACCUGGACAUUCAAAGAUGGAGCAGUUUAAAGCGAUCAUUUCGGUGCUUUGGAUAUUAUUGCUCAACAGAAACAAGGAGUCGUGCGCAGAAGAAGUUGUCUUGCUGAAUUCUAAGGAGUCCCAGGCAGAGCUGGGUUGGACCUCAUUUCCUUCUAAUGGGUGGGAGGAAAUCAGCGGCGUUGAUGAGAAAUACAAGCCCAUUCGCACAUACCAGGUGUGCAACGUGAUGGAGCCCAGUCAGAACAACUGGCUCCAGACGGGCUGGAUCUGGCGGCAGGGCGGCCAGCGGAUCUUCAUCGAGCUGCAGUUCACCUUGCGCGACUGCAACAGCAUCCCCGGUGUGUCCGGCAGCUGUAAAGAGACGUUCAACCUCCUCUACGCCGAAUCCGACUGGGACCUUGGGCGCGUGGCCCGCGAGGACCGCUACAGCAAAAUCGACACUAUUGCGGCAGACGAAAGUUUCACGCAGGGCGAUUUAGGCGAACGUAAAAUGAAGCUCAACACCGAAGUCCGUGAGAUCGGACACCUCAAUCGUAAGGGAUUCCAUCUGGCCUUCCAGGACGUUGGAGCGUGCGUCGCGCUGGUUUCCGUGAGAGUUUACUACAAACGCUGUUUGUCGACCGUGCAGAACUUGGCCGUGUUUCCGGAUACGGUAGCCGAAGCGGCGUUCUCCACGUUGGUGGAGGUGAGAGGGACCUGCGUGAAUAACUCUGAGGUGGACACGGACAGUCCUCCCAGAAUGCAUUGCAGCGCGGAGGGGGAGUGGUUGGUGCCCAUUGGCAAAUGCAGUUGUAGCGCGGGAUACGAAGAAGGACACAGCAGCUGUGAGGCCUGUCCUCCAGGUACCUACAAGAUGUCAUCACGGCAGCAAGAGUGUUUUUCGUGUCCGGCCAACAGCAAGGCUGAAGAGGAGGGCAGUGUGCUGUGUGUGUGUGAGGAAGACCACUUCAGGACUCCGCUUGACCCCCCGUCGGCCCCUUGCACACGCCCACCCUCUCCACCCCAAAAUCUGGUCUACACCCUCAAACAGUCCACGCUUAUCCUGGAAUGGUCCGGGCCAAAUGACUCCGGAGGUCGGGGGGAUCUUACGUACAGCAUAGGUUGUCGGCGAUGUGUCGGCCCUCCGCGGGCCCCGCAGGUGCAGUGUGAGCCCUGCGGGGCCAGCGUGGGCUUUGUACCGCAGCAGAGCGGCCUGACAGAGCGCACGGUCACCGUGGUGAACCUGCUGCCGAACUCCAACUACUCUUUCAGUGUGGAAGCCCGCAAUGGCGUCUCAGAAUUGCUUCCCAAUAAAAGGUUCUACACCCAGGUCAAUGUCUCCACCAGCCUUCCAGCACCUUCUCAAGUGGGCGAGCUCCGGGCAGAGAAGGUUGAGCAGCGCAGUGUGACUUUGGUUUGGAGGGAACCCAUUGCAUAUACCAACGGCAGUCGCACAGAGUAUGAGAUCAAAUACUAUGAAAAGGACCAGAAAGACCAGAGUUAUUCCACGGUAAAGACGGCCGCCACCAGAAUCAGCGUCAACAACCUAAAAGCAGGCACCACUUACGUCUUCCUCAUCCGCACCUGUUCCAGCCCAGCACUUUCCUCUCUGUCCUCACCUCCUCUUUCUUCAUCUUCCUCAUCGCCCUCUUCUCCGGCCACCGCCUCUUCCUCCAGCCCUGUGGUGGCCGUGUCUCCCCCUCCCCUUGACUAUGGGGCGUACAGCAACCCGCUGGAGCUGCAGACGCUAGGCGAAUUGGCGCUGGCCUCCAGUGAGCAGAGUCCCGUGGUGAUCAUCAUAGUGGUCUCAGUAGCCGCUCUUAUCAUGUUGCUUACUCUUGGAAUUGGACUGCUCAUAUGGAGAAGUGGCUUCUCCAGACCCUCCAACGUAGCUCCUGCACGUGUGGUGCUGCUCUCUACCUCCUUCUCUACUCUUCCUCCACCUCACCCUCCCUCCACGCAGCUGUCUCCCAGACAGUGUGGAUACAGUAAGGCCAGCCAGGAAGGAGACGAUGAGCUUUACUUCCAGUUUAAAAUCCCAACCAGAAGGACCUACAUUGACCCAGAAACGUGUGAAGAUCUGCUCCAGGCCGUCCAUGCCUUUGCCAAAGAGCUGGACAUCUCCAGCAUUAAGAUCGAGAGAAUAGUCCAUACAGGAGACUUUGGCGAGGUCUGCUGGGGUUGCCUGAAACUGCCCAGCAAGCGCGAGUUGCCCGUGGCCAUUAAGACGCUUCGGGCUGGCUGCUCGGAAAAACAGAGACGGUCGUUCCUCAGCGAGGCGGGAAUUCUGGGACAGUUCGAUCACGCUAACAUUGUUCGUCUGGAGGGAGUCAUCACCCGAGGUAACACUAUGAUGAUUGUGGUGGAGAGUUUGACCAAUGGGGCACUGGACUCUUUCCUGCGGCAACAUGAAGGACAGCUGACCGUUCUUCAGCUGGUGGAUCUGUUGAGCGGAGUGGCGUCUGGGAUGAAGUAUCUCACAGAGAUGGGCUUCAUCCAUCGUCGGCUGGCCGCUCACAAGGUCCUGGUGAACGGCAACCUGGUCUGCAAAGUGUCAGGCUUCAGACCUCUCCAGGAUGACAAGAUAGAGGCCGUCUACAGCACGCUGCACGGAGGGAAGAGUUUGGUGCUGUGGACCGCCCCUGAGGCCAUUCAGUACCAUCGCUAUAGCUCAGCCUCGGACGUUUGGAGCUUUGGGAUCGUCAUGUGGGAAGUCAUGUCCUUCGGGGAGAGGCCGUACUGGGACAUGGGCAACCAAGACAUAAUAAAAGCUAUAGAAGAUGGCUUCCGGUUACCCGCGCCCGUUAACUGCCCGCCAUCUUUGCACCAGCUCAUGUUGGACUGCUGGCAGAAGGAGAGGACAGAGAGACCCACAUUCACACAGAUUCACAGCGCUCUCAGCAAAACCAUCAGGAGUCCGGAUAACAUCGGGUCCUCCACACUUGGACGCAGGACCCUGGGUUCGUCUGUAUCACUAGCAGAACGAACUCUUCCCUCCUUCCCUUCGUUUAAUUCGAUUGGUGAAUGGUUAGAGGCUGUAGACAUGGGCCGCUACAAAGACAACUUCACUGCUGCUGGAUACUGUUAUCUGGAGUCUGUGGCCCGCAUGACCGUCCAGGACGUGUUGAGUCUCGGUAUCACCUCUCUGGAGCACCAGAAACAGAUUUUGUCCGCUAUACAGACUCUUAGGGCACAGGUCAUUCAGAUGCACGGUCGAGGAGUGCAGGUUUGAUACAAAUGCACAUCCACGCCCAACUCCAGUCCAACGCCAACACCCAUAUUUAGAGAAAAGACGCUAGACGUCUGUUCUCAUGAUGAUUACCCAGAAGGCCGUUCAGUGGAGUCCAUGCAAUGGCAGUUUUCUUCCUAACCGUCCUUUUUAGAUUUCUUUACCUUCUCUUUUUCCACAAACCAAGUUGAUUUCUGAUGAAACUAUGUCACAGAAAAUCCUUUUCUACAAUUUACACACAAGCUCUGUCCCUUCUAGUAGGACUCAUGCACUGAACUGAAAAGAGUGGUUGUUGAGAUGCCCUCAAAACUGACCUGGGGCAGGGCAGUUUGACUUUGACUGAUCUCAGAGCAGCCUGAAGGGAUGCAGUAUGAAAGAACUCAUGGUUUGCAGCCACUGUUUCUGCUGUACAGUGGACUGAACCUGAAGCAUCCCACCACGUCCUGGACCUUCAGCUCCUCGUAUCUGCAGGAAAUAAGUCAACUACUGAUGUAAGAAAUGUUUAAACAGUAUAAAUCUUACCUUUUUCUGUCUCUGUCUAUUUUAUUCCAUUUGUUUUCUCCACAUAAAUUGUUGUGUUUUGAACAGAAUUUAAGAGUUUAAUUUAGUGUUGUCUAAAAUCUAUUAAUAUGGAAUAUGUUGAUUGUUCUCGUUCUGUCUUAACAAUAGACAACGUUUGCACUGUAGUAUCCGAGAUUUACGUUACAGUACGUUGUACCAUAUCUACUAGAGGAUUUAUUUAUAUGUUUACAUGCCACAUUUGGACGGGCCUGCAGAAAUAUUACAUAGCACUGAAUCUACUCACAUUUUAUCAAAAUGCUUUUCAAACUUGUUCAUUUAAUUAAAUUUCUUCCUGCACUUUGAAAGGUUGUGAAUGAGGCGUCACACACGUUCAUUACGGGCUGCAGUGGUGGCUGGACGUGUGUAUUACUUGAUGUUGGCGUUCUUUGAAUGCUCUGAAUGUGCUAGUGCUAUUGAAUUUAGGGGCGGUUACCUGGACAGGGUUUAGAUUAAUCCUGGGCCUUAGUUAUAUUGGGACAUUUUAAGCAGUUUUUACAAACAAACAAUACUUGGGUGCGUCUUGAGAUAAAACUAUGGCACUGAUAUAUGUUAAUAUAUUGAAAUUAAGGCAGCUUAAACAUGCAUUUUAGUCUGGGAUUACGAUAAGCCCCGUCCGGGGAACCGCCCCAUAGACUGUUGAAUUUCUGUGUGAACUAGAGUCUCUGAGGUUCUGUGUUUAAGCAGCAACCCUGAUUUCGAUCGUAUGAAGGGAUCGAAUCACGUUAGCAAAAACCAUAGCGCACAAAUCGGUCAAUCAGGAUAAUGUUACAAAUACAAAAGUACAACAAAAGCAUAUUUCAAGUUUGCUUAAAGGGACACUCCACUUUUUUUGAAAAUAUGCUAAUUUUUCAACUCCCCUAGAGUGAAACAUUUGAUUUUUACCGUUUUGGAAUCCAUUCAGCUGAUCUCUGGGUCUGGCGCUACCACUUUUAGCAUAGCUUAGCAUAAUCCAUUGAAUCUGAUUAGACCUUUAGCAUUCGAUAUUUUUCUUUUUAAAACUUGACUCUUUUGUAGUUACAUCGUGUACUAAGACCGACGGAAAAUUAAAAGUUGUGAUUUUUUAGGCAGAUAUGGCUAGGAACUAUACUCUCAUUCUGGCGUAAUAAUCAAGGACUUUGCUGCCGUAACAUGGCUGCAGUAGGCGCAAGAUAUUACGUAGCGCCCGAAAAUAGUCCCCUGCUAUAGAAAAUCGCAACUUUACAUUUUCUGUUGGUCUUAGUGCACGAAGUAACUACAGAAGAGUCAAGUUUUAAAUAAGAACAAUAUUGAAAUUCUUUGGUUAUUUUGUAACGCGAUGCUAAUGGUCUAAUCCAGGGGUCACCAACGUGGUGCCCGCGGGCACCAGGUAGCCCGCACAGAGUCUGUGAGGUGCCCGCCAAAGCACAUUCUAUUAAAAGUCUCAACUGUAAUAUUUAUUCAUUACAUAUUUUUUAUAUUAGCUUGGCUUGGUUUACGUAUGUUAAAAUUUUAAACAAUACUAAAACAUAUAAACAAGUCAAAUAAAAUAAAAUAAACAAGUAAAAACAAAAAAGUUUUAAGUAGACUAUAUCAAAAAGUAGCCCUCCAGAUUGUUUUAUAAAUUGUGGUAGCCCUUGCUUAUAAAAAGGUUGG